UCUGCCGAAUGAUAUCGCCGUAAGAAAGCUAAGGAAGCUGCUUGUGGCAGAGAGAGAAAGAAAGAGAGAGAGAGAGAGAGAGAGAAAGAAAGGACGAACGAGAGAAAGAAAGAAACGACGAGCAGAAAAGAGAUAACAGAAGAGGGGAAGAAAGUGUGUAAAUUUGCUCGAAACAACGUGUCUAUCUUCUCGGAGGAAGAUGGCCUCUUACUUCGAGGUGAUCCUCGUCUGCUGCAUCCUCGUGCUGCCGUUUCUGUAUGAGACCAGUCGCACGUUUCGCUACCACUUCAAGUUCUUCGUCUAUUGCUUCACCGUGUUAUUGAACUCAGCCCUACUCAUGCCCAUCCUCUCGUUGCGGCCCCGCAACGUCAAAAAUUUCGUGUUGGCAUCAUGGUUAUGCCAUCACAUCAGCACUCUGCUGGGACUGCGUUGGGAGCUGCGAGGAAGAGAACAUCUAGAAAGGGAUAGGGCCUGCAUAAUAGUGGCGAAUCAUCAGAGCUCGAUAGAUAUACUGGGGAUGUUCGACCUGUGGCCAGUGAUGGAAAAGUGCACCGUCGUGGCCAAAAAGGAGAUCUUUUACGCGUGGCCGUUCGGCCUCGGCGCGUGGUUGUGCGGCAUGAUCUUUAUCGACAGAAUGAAUUCCGAGUCUGCGCGAUCCGUCCUCAACAACGCCACGCAGAAACUUAAGGAAAAGAAGGUGAAACUGUGGAUAUUUCCCGAAGGAACUAGGCACAACACCGGUGAAAUUCAUCCGUUCAAGAAGGGUGCCUUCCACAUGGCUAUCAAGGCGCAGUUACCAAUAUUACCGGUUGUAUUCUCACCCUAUUAUUUCCUGUCCGCGGAAGAAAAGAAAUUUGAUUCUGGUCGCAUUCUCGUAACGACGUUGCCGGCCAUUUCCACCGAGGGGCUCGGCACAGAUGACGUGGAGGAACUGAUGCAAAGGACACGAAACGCCAUGUGCGAGGUGUUUCACGCCGCGAAUCUGGAAAAUCAGACGUACCUCGCGCGGUAAGCCGCGCACCGGACGAUUGCAAUCCGACAGACUAUAUACCAUCGACAACCUCGUCUCAUGGGAGUACACACUACGUUAGCGAGUAAGUCUCUACGCAGGAACCAAAGAUUAAGCGUCCGCUUCUCUGAUAUUCUCUCUCGCUGUUAUUAUUAUUAUUAUUCCGCUAAUUUUUAUUAUUAAAGUCCUAGCCAUGUGUCCGCGGGUCGACGACUUAGACGUGUGAGAAGUUUUAUACGUUAAUUAUUUAUUGUUAGCUGCGCGAGUUGUACUAAAGGAAGAUUCGGUUGUUCUGGACCUGUAAUUAACCUCUGCCGAGUGGUGAUUUUUUAUCUCUCAGCGUACGAACCUCACUCGCAGAUACACGCGAAUGAUCUAUAUAUAUAUAGCAAUAUAUAAAUUUCUAUAUUGCUACAUAUGCUAUAUCGCAGUUACAUUGUCCGUGAACGAUUCCCUCGCUAAGUUGUGUUAAAUUUCCAAAUUAAAGAGAGACAGAUAUGCGUGUGUGAACGUAUGUGUGUUUUGCGCGCGUGUGUGUAUGUGUGUGUGUGUGCGCGCGUGUGUGAGUGCGUGCGUGCGUGUGUGGUACAGUAAGUACGUAUAGUCAGACGAAAGAGUCAUAUGCGUUACUGAAGAAUUAUAAAAGUCGUUCUUAAUUAAUUAAGUGUAAUUUACGCGAGGGUCGUCGGGAAACAACUUACUGUAAAGUACACAGCACUUUACCGUUAAGGGCGAAUAGUAAAAUAAUAAGAAGAAAAAGAGGGGAACUUUCGACACGUCAUGAUUUUUCUUAGAUUUACGAAUUGUAAAUAUAAUUCUCGUUAGAGUGCAUUUUUAUAAAUUGUGGGAACAUUGUUAGCGUUUACACUUAACAACGGAUAUUAAAUUAUAUUAAAUUACGUUAUUAGAUAUAUUUUGCUAUGUAAUGUACGCUUGUACACUCCCACUCGUCUGUUAAUUAUGCUUCCAUUUGUUUCCGUACGGUUGUCCGUAAGGAUUAAGAUACAUGUAACUAUUUGAGAAUUGCGAAAGUGCACUUUAAUUUUAAUCGUUUAACGAAAUGAAGAAGAGAAAGGAGGAUUGAAAAGAGAGAAAGAUUAAACUUGUAUAUUUAUUUUAUUUUGUAUUCUAGACGUUUUUCUAAAGCGAUAUUUUUAACAUCAACCGCUCGUCACUUAUCAAGCAAUUCGCUGUCUUAGUAUUAUUAUUCAAAGAAAACGACGAGCAAUAUAAAUUUACAAUUCAAAUUUAUGCGCGAAAAGAUAAUACGUUUGAUCUCUAAAGCGUCACAUUAUGUUACAGCGUGUAUAAGUAUGUAUAAAUCUUCGCUCAGUUGCGAUUGCAAUGUGAAGUAAUGUCAUGACAUGUCUCACAACACCUCUCUCGACACUGAACCUUUGUUCUCGGGCAUUCCGCGCAAGCAUUGAAUUUAAUUGUACAAUUAUACCUUCGUUAUCUAUCGAUUAGAACGAAAUGUGAUGGUUUCGUGACGACGAAAUCAAUGCUAUCAUUUUACAUUUUAUUUCUCCUUGGAACUAUGGUUUCAGUUCGUUUUUUCUUCCGAUAUCAUUGUUAAAAUCCGAUAUCUACGAUUACCAAUCUUUUUUUCUUGUUAUAUAGUUGCAUUUCGUAUCCAAUAGGCGAAUGUAUCUUUUGAAAGUUACUAAAAAACAAGGACACUGAAAGCGUUGCGAAAAAGAAAAAAAGUGUUGCAACUUUUAUCAUGCCGACUGCACAAGAAAAAGAAAAUUUUUGUUUAAAAUUAUAAACGUUUGUUUACAUAAUCGCGGAUGUAUUCAUACAAUGUGAUAUUGAUUUAUUCGCACAUAGUAAGACUUGAAAAUCGUUUAGAUAAUUUGCGAUCAGUAUGAAAUUCUCGUAUUGUAAUGCAACGUUUAUAAUCUACGUUUAUUAUAAAAUUUCUCGUGUAUCAUCCUUUAAAUUGCAUGAUAACCGUGACAUAAUUCAAAGAGAUUGAUUAUCCGAUAGCGCGAUAAGAUUUUUAUUUAUUUAUAAGUGGAUACAGCUAGUUUAUUACGUCGAAUUUCCACAACUUCCCGUAAUCUGUAAAUUGAGAUAUUCAAAUGGAGGAAGAUCCCAAUGUAUCACGCAGAAUACUUUUCGAACGUUCUAAGAUAGCAGUUUUUUACGAUGCGAAAACUGCGCAAACUUGAGGAUAUCAAUCGCGCAAAUAGUUUAUUCGAAAACGAAAUAUAAAAUCAAGUGACUCAUAAAGAUUGCAUUUGCACGCAUGCAUGAGAUAAACACUUGCUCUAUUAUACAUAGUUGAUAUCGAAAUAUCACGGCUCGCACAGUGUAAUCGACAUCUAAAUUAAGUUACAUGCGCGACUUUCUCAUUGGGAAAAUACAAACAGUUCGUUGAUUAUUCUUAAGAUCGAGAUCCGAUUUCGAGACAAGAGUUACUUUCAGGAUAAAUGGCUCAAUAUGUGGAAACAUGUACGUAACUGUCAAGUGCCAUCCUUAGACCUUGUAAGAUGCACUUCUCUUCGUUAUUAUGUGUUAUCGUUAUUAUCGUGAGAUAUGCUUUGCCGCGGAUAUUUUUCUAUCGCGACCGAAACCGUCGAGUCCGACGACUACAGCUGUAGCUGACAUAGCGUCUGUCGGGUAUUUAUUACUUGUUGACGGAAGAUAUCUCGGCGGGAUAACUUAUUCACACACGCGUAAGGAAUACAUUACUGACAAACUCGAAUAGAAGCAGUACAUAGUCCACGAAGAAGCGAUAAUCGGACUUUCUGAUCACACACGCGUUAGUUCUUCACGAUCACGCUAGGUGCAAUCGUUGUAACCAUUCGAACUAUUCUUCAAAGGACAUUAGUGUUAUCUUCCUGAUGAAUAAAAACGCACAAUUUUCAACCGAGUAUCGGCGCUGCGUUAAUAUACAAUCUCUAGCGUAAUCGAGUAAUACUUCGUGCAUGAGAUAAAUAGAGAUCUUAAGUAUACGCAAAAGUUUUCCAAUCCGGAAGGGGAUAAUCGAGGGGAUCCUUUCGUUUCCUCGGAGGUUUACAUGAUUUUAGCGUCUGUCGUGCAGAGUAGCAUAAGUUUCAUUCUAAAUGUGAUGUCGACACGUGUUGCUUAGUUUCGCGAAAGAUGUAUCUGUGAUUCGUCGCAAAUCGCAUCUGUAUGUCUGUAAACGAAGAUUCAUCUAACACGACAUCAUUCUCCGGAGAUCUGUCAUGUCAGUGCCAAUUUGCAAAGUGCAGCAGCUGGUCACACGAUCUAGUACAGCAAGUCAUUCCAGUCUUACUUCGAGUGAAAGAAACAAAAUUGUAGAUUCGUAAUUUCUUGAAUGCAAGUGUAUCGAUUGCAUUAGUCAUAGAGUGAAACAGAAGAGUCAGAAGGGAAGAGGUGAAGCUAGCUCGUUCCAAAGAAUUUUGUACUCGGGCUGUGUAUUCGUUGUGAUUGUUGUGUAAUAUCGAUUAACCGUCAUAUCCGAUCAAACGAACGUUCGGCAAUCGCUGACCGACAAGCAAAAAAAAAA